UCAACAACUAUAUAUAUCAUACCCUAAACAAAUCGUUGUUGUGUUAUGAAAAGCGUCGUUUUGUUUGUGUUGUUUUUUAAGCAUACAAAAUUCAUCAACGAAAACGCGUACGCUGUCGAUUUACGUCGAAGCGCAUUUUAAUUGCGAUUCUUCUUGUUAUAAUAAAGAACGAAAUGAAUUCAUUGGUAUCCGCUGACUAUGGAUCCAGCAGUGAUUCAAAUGACGAAAAUACACAUAUAAAGAACAUAUCGUCAAACAAUUAUGUGAAAAACUUUUUAAGAUCUCCAUCUGACUCCGCGAACGAUAUAAAUGACGAUGAAGAUGACGAUUCUAGUGACAGUUCGGACGAACGAGUAAGCGAUACAAAGAAAACGGUUCUACCAAGUGCCUCAUCAAUUUUAUUGAAUGGAAACAAUAAUUCCGGACAAGUGUUCAAUAAUCCGUAUAAAAAAGCAGAAAUUGAUCAAAUUGCCAGUCUUGAAAAACAUGUGAAAAUGGUUGAAACUGAUGCCCACACACAUAUGAAAAAUGGCAAAAAGAUUUGUUGGAACUAUCGGAAGGGUCGGUGUCGUUUUGGGUCGAAUUGUACAUAUGCACAUGAUUCUGAUUUGCACGUGGCUGAGUCAACCAUUACAACUGAUAAAGAUGCAUACACACAACCAGCUAUCAGUGUACCGAAGGUAGUCACCGGAACCACCACAUCGAAAGCAAACAAUAAGAAACGUCCUGGUUUAGGGGAUUCAAUUAUACCCAGUAAAAAAGUGAUAAAGGCCUACAAUACAUUGAAGAAAUAAAACAUGUAAUUUGCUUAUACACCAAUAUGCAUGCAUCAUCAGCUUCAACCCGGUUUUUGACGUUUUGUGCACUCUGUAUAAAAAUACUUCUGAGCACCACACACUUGAUUAUUCCCAACAAUUAUAAUUACCAUAACGGAUACGAACUAAUUUGUACAACGUAUCUUUUUCUCAAGCGAGAAAAACAGAAACAAUGUGAUUUUUUAUUACAACAAAAACUACAACAACAACAAUAAACACGAAUAAAAAGAAUCUAUAUCUAUAUAUAUAUAUAUAUAUAUAUAAAAUUUUCUGUUCGUCUGUCGAUGUAUGUGUGUCUCUUUCGACUGCCGUUUUUCGCGGCCUAGAAAAUGUUCAUGGAAAAACCGUUUUUAGUAGACCUCAAAAUGUUUAUUAUGAUACGUUUUAUUAUCAGUUUUUCUUUUUGAGUCUUUUUACAGUUUUAAGUUCAAAUGAAUUUUGAGAAAGAAGAAUUGUAGACGCAAUUCUAGAAUUUUUAACAAAAAUAAGGGAGAAAUCAGCAAUGAUUUGAAUCAAGUGAUACCAGUAUUCGUAAGAUGCACCAUACAGUGAAUAUCCGUUUGGUUUUGGUUGCUUUUCAAAAUUCGAAUUAUUCGCUCGUUUGAUGGUUCAGUCGUUGUAAAGAUCGAUUUAGAAUUAGUAGAAUCAAGCUUGCGCUCGAUUCGUAAACGUAAUGAACAUAUUGAAUUCCAGUGCUUUCCAAGUGCUGGCAGCAAAGCCGACGUUGUCUUUGGCGACUCCGUUUGAUUCAUCAAAUCCAUUUCAUUUUGGUUCGCAUCAUCGAUUGCACUCUUAUCACCUGCGCACCCAAACCCAACGAAAGUGGUUCUAGUUUCAAUAUUUAUCGUUAUAACAGCAAUUGAAUAUUCCACAGCCAAUUUUCUCAGUAGGUCAGCAAGGAUUGCUAGAUUUCGUUGGUUUAAACUUCGUUUGUUGCCGUGAAAGAGAAACCAUAGGGUCGGCAAUGAAUCGAUGACAAGUAACUUAACCUUUGGAUGCGAGGACAUUUGAUCCAAUAAACGUCGCAUAAGUGCUAUUAAUUUGAACGGACUAUUGCAUUUUUCCACUUUGAUAUUACGCAUAAUAUGUUUACGUUUAUCAGCACCCAAUUCGUCGCGGCUCAACAGAAUUCGAUUUAUUCGAUCACCCGAAAAAUCUCCCUUGGUAUCCACAACAAACGUGUGAAUAUCAUCAUUGGUAGCCCAAUUCACGGCGAUCGUUGUGUAUAGUUGCGUUUUUCCUGAACCUGACAGGCCGCAAAUAUCGAUCAGGCCUCCACUUAAAACACCACCGCCCAGCAAUUCAUCUAAACUGAGAGUUGUUCUUAUUAAAGGACUGAAGGAAUGGAAUUGACAUAAUUGAAUAUAAUGAAUGUGAAACCUUUUGAUACCGGUCGGAAUAUAAUUCGACUGAUUUAUAAGUAUAUUGUAAUGUUGAAGUCCGUUAAUCGGUAAAAUUCCGAGUAUACUCCAUAAAUCCUUUUUCAAGGUACCCAAAUCGAUCAAAUCUAUAGAAAGUAUGGAGAUAAUUUUUUUUUUCAAUUUUAUGAAAUGAAUAAUUGAAAUAUGCUUUCAAAUGUCAUCUUUAGUGAGAUAAUUUCGGAUUAUCUUUGGUAUAAAUUUUUCCUUUUCUUCUGUCAUAAUUGUCUCACCAAUAUUUAAUAACUGUUUCAAUUUGUUUGAAUCGGUGUGAAGAAAUUCAGAAACAGUAACAAUGUUUUUCUCUUUGAGCACUUCAACUACUCGAUCACUGAGCAUAGCAUGAUUGAGUGUGCAUAGUUUCAACAUCUUUUUUCCAGCACAAAAAUGUUAUCUUAUUUUAACUUUUCAAUCAACACCUCUGAACUUUAUUCAAUGAACAAAAUUAUGGCUUGAUUUAGGUUUAAAAAAAACUUGAAA